AUGCAAGAAGAGCUCGAGGACGAUCUCGCCGCGGAGGAGGAGAACAAGUUAAUCAAUGAGGAAUACAAAACCUGGAAGAAGAACGCUCCGUACUUGUACGACGUCGUCAUCACACAUGCCCUCGACUGGCCGAGUUUGACGUGUCAGUGGUUCCCGGACAAAGAACAACCCGCAAACAAGCCAUACACUGUUCAUCGCGUCCUACUCGGGACGCACACGUCGGGACAAGCGCAGGACUACCUGCAGAUUGCAACUGUACAUCUCCCAAAGCGCGACAGUGGUAGCACUUCGGACAGACUCGAUCGCGGGGACUACGAUGAUGAACGCGGUGAGCUUGGCGGCCACUCCCUUCCCCCGCAGCCGCGCGUCCAAGUCAUUCAGCGCAUCAACCAUGACGGCGAGGUCAACCGCGCACGUUAUAUGCCACAGAACCCGGAUCUACUUGCAACGAAAGCGGUUUCCGGAGAGGUGCUCAUAUUCGAUCGGACGAAACACUCCAGCGAACCGGAGCGUGGUGGUGUCUGCAAGCCCGACAUUAGACUGGUAGGCCAGACAAAGGAGGGUUACGGCCUCGCGUGGAGUCCAAUCAAGGCUGGACAUGUCCUUGGGGCAUCAGAAGACCUGACCAUCUGCCAUUGGGAUAUCAACUCGUACUCCAAAGCGAAUAACACUAUUGAGCCCACGACUGUAUUCAAGGGGCACACCUCUGUUGUCGGAGAUGUGGAUUGGCAUGCAACACAAGAACACGUUCUUGCUAGUGUAGGUGACGACAAGAUGUUGAUGAUCUGGGACACGCGAGACGCGUCGAAGCCCAUGCACGCACUACAAGCCCAUGACAGAGAAAUCCUUGCAGUCUCAUUCACACCGAAUGUUGAUUUCCCUAACCUCAUUCUCACUGGGAGUGCCGACCAUACCAUUCUUCUCCGAGACAUUCGCAAACUGGAAACACCGAUACACGUGUUCGAGGGGCAUACAGACGAAGUUCUGCACCUAUCAUGGUCUCCGCACAACACAACGAUCUUCGCGUCGGCUUCCAGCGACAGGCGCGUCAAUGUAUGGGACCUCUCGCAGAUUGGAGCGGAGCAAACACCCGACGACCAAGAGGACGGCCCGCCCGAACUUCUGUUCGUUCACGGAGGACAUACAGCAAGGCCGACAGACUUCUGCUGGGCGCCAGGAGUCGGUGAAAGCUGGACGGCGGCCAGUACCUCAGAGGACAAUAUCAUCAUGGUGUGGCAGCCAACAAUGCGUAUCUGGGCUGGUGAUGAGGUGAAGAUCGACGAAAGGGAGCUCGAGGGUGAAACCAUGGAGGGCAUCGAAGCACUUGAUGGUAUAGAGGAGGCGGGCCCUUCGUCCUAG